AUGUCUACAAUGAUUGGUUGGCAACUUCAUUGUGUUAACAAAACAUGUGUACCAUGUACUACUGUCAUUGUAUUGAAUAUAUUUGAGUGUCGAACAGCUUGUUUAGCAAAAUUUCUAUGUAAAGCAGCUACUUAUCAUCAAUCCACUUCGAAUUGUGAUUUAUUUGUUGAUUUAUCAAUGUACAACGGUACUAUGUUGCUUGAUAUGAAUAUUGUUACUAUGAUUGUUACUGAUGGAACAAGAAUUCCACCCGAAUCUGAAGUGAAUUGGGUAAUAAACGGUGAUGCAGAGACUGGUCCUUGUCAAUCAGGUAGUGGUGUGACGCAUCCAACAGGUUGGUCUUAUAGUGGAACCAUUACACAAAUGUAUUAUGGAAAUGUCGUUGGAAAUCAAAUGCUUACAGAUCCAGGACCUAGUAAUCGUGGAAAUUGUCAUUUCUAUGGUGGAAAUUCGGCCUCAACUACCAUGUGGCAAACUCAUAAUAUGACAAAUUCAAUCAAUCCUCUUCUUAUUGAUAGUCAAAAAAUUUGGUUUGAUUUCUCCGCAUGGAUUGGUGGUUAUUUGGAUCAAGAUGAUAAUGCUCAAGUAUCGUUAACAUUCUUAAAUCAAAGCAAUCAAAAUGUAGGUAACAGUACCAUUCUUGGGCCGGUAUUAGCCGUAGAUCGUGGUAAUAAAACAUCAUUAGUGUUUCGACAAGCUAUUGGGCCUGUACCGGUUGGUGCUCGUACAUUCACAGUUAAAGUGACUAUGACACGUGCAAGUGGUGUGUCCGAUGGCGGUGAUAUCGAUAGCAUUGUACUUUUCUUAUAUCAAUGA